AUGCCGACAACGGGUGUAAUCCCCGCACAAGACGCGGCUAAUUCAUCUCUAGUACCGUCUUGUGCUGCGAAUGAAACAGCGCUGGUGCCAUCCACACGUCUACGGAUCGCCGUAAUAUCCCAUUUCUCAAUUGUUUCUACAUUCUUCCUCAACCCCGAGACAGCUGCACGAGAAGCUGCCUCAUUACUUAAUAUAGAGCUAGAAUGGGAUCGCCAUGUUGUCAGCUCAACCGAGAAAAUGAGCCGAGAUAUCAAGAGUGCAGUGGAACGCGGUGUUAACGGUAUGAUUGUAUCAAUUCCCAGCGACGAGGUAUUCCAAGCUGUGAAAGAUGCGAAACAACAAAGCAAUAUCCCAAUUAUCGUAUUCAACACUGGUUUGGAAUAUGCCAAGCGGCUUGGUCUCACACGUGUGCUGCAGUCCGACGAGAAAUCUGCGGAUAUGAUGGCUCAAGAACUACAGAAACGCAAUUACUCAAACCCCCUGGCAGUUCAAAUUAUUGGCAGCGGUCACCUUGACGAUACAGCAUUCGAUGCUCGACUGAAUUGGAUCAGUCAUGCUCUAGGUAGAACGGUUGAUGUUCUACCUGUUUAUAAUAUAGAUGACGCUGUUCGUGAAGUUCGGGACGCGUUUAUAGCUGGCCCUUACGACUCAAUUGUGUCACUAGGGGGUCUGGCUGGAAUUGAUCUCGUAACCACGGCUGCUUCCCAAGCUCUCGAUGUAUACCCAUACCGUCAGAUCGGCGUUUCUUUUUAUGAUAUCGGCAGUAAAAGCAACAUGACUGACAUUUUUAACCGUUUUCCCGAUGCCUUCGGCAUAAGCCAACUUCCCUUUUAUCAAGCAGCAUUACCAGUGUUUUACAUGUAUAUUCAGAUCACUACAGGCUACGGUCCAUUUAUCAACAAAACAGUCAGCACUGGACCCAAUCUUGUGAACAAACAAAACUAUCCUGAAUAUGUUCAUGGAGAUGAACUUAGUAUUAUUCCAAGCCACGAUCUCGGAGCCAAUAUUGGUGCUGUCAUAGCAAACACUCAAGGGGACACGUAUCAAGCAGGCGUCAUGGCCGGUAUAUAUGAUCUAGCAGGAAAACUUAACUGGACAGUUACGCCUUCACAGGAGGACGGAUUGAUUGGAAACGCUACGACGCUGAUACAACAUGUCAAGGCGCUUGUUGAUGGGGGAGUUCGAGGAUUGAUCCUCCAGUCAAGUGAUCCUCUUGUAUUAAAUUAUACAAUGCAGUUAACGGACCGUCGCAAUAUUUCUUUGGCAGUUAUUGGUACCUUCUGGGAAAAUCUGGAGCUCCAGAAAUAUAAUGCUACGGAUUCACAGAAUACAAACAUCCUGACUGACUCCAUAACGCUUGCGAACUCUGUCGCACAGAAUCUGGCUCUCGACAAUUUUAAAAAACCAGUUUGUUUCAGUGCUCACACUCCUUGGAAAAAGAGUCAUUUAUGCGAAGGCAUCUACCUCGCAUAUCGUUCCGCAAUAGGAAAUGCAAGUGACAUCCCGUCUUUGGAGGAUUUUCAGCAUUCGCUUAACUUGUCUACGCUUGCGACAAUGGAAAUUGAUUUCCAAGAAGCGGUCGACUCAUUGCAGCAACGAGGCUAUGAUCCGGAUGUGUACGUCACACUCUCCGAGCAUGUAUUUAGUGCUCUCGACUAUCGCAUGUUACGUGGGCUUUUAGACAACAGCACAAAUAUUUAUUCAGCUCUUAGCCAAUAUAAUCAAUUCAAAGCAUUCUUGGAAGGCCGCGUAAAACGUGUAUGGCAUUACAAUACGUAUGCGAACGGUUUUCUUGCAUUGUUGGAUAUUUUGCUAUCCAAGACUGCACCACAUCGUCCAUGGCAAGAAAGUGGAUUGGCAGUGCCAGAAGUGAAAGAAAUUUGUUCUGCGGGUGAAUACUACAUUGAGCUAUCCGACUCUCCCUACUGUGAACUUGUAGACUACGAAAUAACGAGCGCAUCAUUUCGCUGUGCGCCCUGUCCUCCAGAUACUUUUUCCUCCGAGCCAAACCAGUCGAUGUGUACGCCUUGUCCAUAUGGUACCUUUUCUGAAGAAAUGGCUUCAAACUGCCUGUCGUGCGAUAAUGAGUAUGAAAAUACUCCUCAAGUCCAUUCCCAAUGCGUAACGUAUCUGAAAGAUCAAGCAGAGAAACGCAGGCGCAUAUAUGUUGGCGUAUUUGUACCUGUCGGCUGUAUCAUAGUGGGCGCCAUCCUUGGAUUUUGCAUUUGGCGCUAUCUCCGGCAACGCAAACAUGGACAGCCUAAAACGCCUUCAGAAGCUACAUGGCUAUUAUCACUUGACGAGCUUAUGCGACCACCGAUGCAGCACAUGUCCUCUUUACCAUCACCUAAUUCUUUACCAAAUGCGUCGCCUAGUUUAUCACCCUCAGCUACACCAUUGCUGGGCAUCAAUCAGGAUCCCACUACACCAUCAACCUCGCCUCAAAUGGAUACAGCUCGCACACCUGAAUUUGUAGAUGCAGGAGCGGCAUUGGCGGCACCGUUAGCACCAAAGAUACAGCGAUCCAUGUCGGACGUCAAUGCUCCUGACUCCGAAGUCAGUUCACCGCGUCGUCAUAGUAUUUCUGCCACUCGAGAUUAUUUUACUUUGGCAACGGUGCAUGAUUCACCCAAAUUGCUUUUUUACCCCGAAAAGCAAUCCAAGCGAUUGAUACGGGCAAUUGGCUUUCACCGCAACUUACCGGUUUUUGUCAAACAGAUCGGGUUUCGACGGGUUCAGCUUAAUGACACUGUCUACCAUGAAAUCUCACUGAUGAAAAUGGCACGACACUCAAAACUGGUCGAGUUCAUUGGUCUCUGUAUUGAACCGCAGGGCACAUUUAUUGUCGAAGAGUAUUGCAGCAAGGGAACAUUAUACGACGUUCUAAAAAAUCCGGACCUGGAUCUCACUUGGAUCUUUCGAUUUUCUCUGAUCAAUGACCUGAUUGAAGGUCUUGAGUUUUUGCAGCGAUCCAAGUUUUUGUUUCAUGGAUGCCUUACGUCUCAAGCUUGUGUCAUAACCGGCCGGUGGGAAUUAAAGUUAACGGAUUACGGUCUUUACAAGGUUCGCGAAACCCAGUUAGAUCCAGUGACGCUUACGGCGCUCUCCAAACGCUACCCAAAGAUUUACCAUCGUGUAAGCGGUAUACCUUCCGGUGCGAGAGGCACCUCAUACAUCGGUGAUUAUGAUUCACCCAUGCAAAUCGUGCCACAUGCCGAGAAUCUGUUGUGGCUGGCACCGGAAUCUGUGCUACCUACUACAUUCGACACAUGGGUCACAUACCCAACCAAAAAAGCCGAUAUAUACAGGCAACCUUAUCAAAAAGAGCUCAGAGAAUAUGGCGAAGGAAAUUACGAGGCAGUAUUCGACCGGAUCAAAAAUCAUGAUCUCCUUCCGGAUAUGUUGACUUCAGAACAAGAUAUGUAUGUUGGUCAAGUGAAUGAGAUCAUCAUAGCUUGCUUGAGGCGUGAAGCUUCAGCAAGACCUUCGAUUGGUCAUGUCAGAAAUCAAAUCAAGAUCAUCGAUCCACAUAUAACAGGAUCUGACAAUGUAGUGGAUAACUUGGCCUUAUUGCUUGAAAAAUAUGCCAAUGAUAUGGAGAACUUAGUUCGUAAGCGCACUGCAAAUCUCCAGCAACGUACACUCGAAUUAGAAGAAGAACGUACACGAACGCAGAACCUGCUAAUAGAUCUCAAGGAUGCCAAAGAAGUAGCAGAAGCUGCAGCGGCUUCAAAACAGAACUUUUUAGCAAACAUGUCUCAUGAAAUCCGAACUCCAAUGAACGCGGUAAUUGGCAUGUCUCGUAUCUUGAUGGAGAGUAAUUUACCAGCGGAAUUACAUGACUGUGCUGAAACUAUUGAAUCUUCAGGCAAUCAUUUGAUGGCCAUUAUUGAUGAUAUACUCGAUUACUCAAAGAUCGAAUCAGGCAAACUUUCGUUAGAGCAUCGACGCAUGGAUUUGAUUUUCGUAUUUGAGAGCGCUCUUAAACUAGUUGCUCCCAAUUAUAUGGACAAGAAUAUUAUUUUGUGGUACACAUUUGAUCCUAACAUAGCAACCGCAGUCUACGGUGACGUAGUUCGACUGCGACAAAUAUUGCUUAAUUUACUUUCCAACGCUCUCAAGUUCACGCAAGAAGGAUAUGUACGUAUACAUGUGGCAAAUUAUGAGUCUGCGCCUUCUACACCGACCGACACAUUGAAUAGCGAAUUUGACGGCAACAACGAGACCAAGGGGCUGCUUUCAGAUUCGAACUUAGAUCAGAGCUCUGGGAAAGAGUUUCUGCUAAUUUCUGUUCGUGAUACUGGUAUUGGUAUCCCGAAAGAAAAAGCAGACAAACUAUUCCAGACUUUUACUCAAGUUGAUGCUUCUACCACGCGUAAUUUUGGCGGAACGGGCUUGGGUCUUGCCAUUAGUCGCAAACUUAGUCGCAUGAUGGGCGGCGAUAUGUGGUUUGACUCUGAAUAUGGCCAAGGAUCUACCUUUAAUUUCACUGUCAAGCUACAAAGGCAGGCAGACAGUCCUACUUAUGGGUCGUUCAAUUGCUUUGAUGAAAUUAGUACCCUUUGCCAGUCUGCUAUCAUUGUAGCCGAUCACAAGUACACGCAAAAAGGAUGGACCGCUCUUCUCCAAUACAUACCCUUGCCACAAGCACAUGUGCUAAGCUUUCAGGAUGCUGAAGAGCAACUCAAGCGCCAAGGAACAGCACACCUCUCGCUUUUUAUCGUUGAUGAAGAAUUCGUAGUGGUUGAAGCGCUAGGGUCCGAGCCAACUACGACCCAUGCUACACUUUCCGCUUUGCAGGACCGUAUUCCAAGCCUACGCUCCGUACCUACAUUAUGUGUCAAAGACAUGCGUAAUCAACGUCAAGAGCGACCUUCCGGAGGUUCUGAUCAGCAGCUCAUGCUACCACAGCUAUCCAAGGAUGCCCCGUUGCGAGAGCAAGAUUCGCCUACACCGCGCAUGGAAUACGGCAAUCCUUUUGAGUCGGCCUGUAUUGAACGUAUCGCUUGUAUAACAAAACCAGUAAAGGCAUCCAAGCUCUUUGCGACGAUGCUCAGAUUAUUGAAACCGCCUCUUGUACCAGAGGACGAAAAGUCUGAGAAAAGCAGCGCACCGCAUGGCAUAGUGACACCUGCAGCAACUACUAGUACCGGUGAUACGGCGACUCCUGGUCAGCCUCGAGCUGAUUCUUUAAAGCGCAUUAAAAGCGGCUCUGCAAGGACAAUGCGUCGAGGGCGAUCCAACACUAUGACAAGUACGCUGUCAAGUAUAUCCAGUGGAUCGUCUGGGAAACCGCUUAAUGAAAUUGCUGGUAACGUCCGAUCAUUGCUUGUCGACGACAAUCCGGUCAACCAAAAGGUUGUCACACGUAUGCUUAGUCGACUUGGUAUCCAUCCGGACGUUGCUCAGAAUGGCAAAGAGGCGUGUGAUAUUGUUCGCAAAUCUAAACAAGGCGAUGAAAAUCCAGUUGACCUUAUUUUUAUGGACAUUUGGAUGCCUGAAAUGAACGGCUUUGAAGCGUCCGAGUAUAUUCGACGGAAUCUUUCAGAAACACCUGCUCAUCCCUAUAUCAUUGCCAUGACGGCCUGUGUUAUGCCUGGUGAUAAGGAAAAGUGCUUGGCUGCAGGUAUGAACGGAUACGUCAGUAAGCCAAUACGCAAAGAUGAAAUGGAAGCCUCGAUCCAUACAUAUACCCAAGUCGUUGCCAGCGAAACCUCUGCAAAAGAAUCCGGUAUGAAUUCUUUAAUGGAUGAAUCAGCAUCAAGCUCGUUGGCCCCGGCAGAAAACGAUAAACAGCUACCUUCUGUCACCGUUACAAUGAACGACAAUAGACCUGACAUUCAAGGUGGGGGAAAGACAACAUAG